AUGUGGGCGCGAGUGCUUGCCGACGCGUGCUUUGAACAACUGCGUGGCGUUGGUGCGAUGGCCUGCUGUGAGAUGGUAGAGUGUGUCUCUGCCGCCGGCACCGCUACCCAUGGCAUUGCCAUUGGUUCAGGUCCUCUCGCGUUGAACUCGACACCAUCGCCCGUCGACACCCUCCCUGCCAUGUCUGUUGGCCGCCCCGGGCUGCGUCAAGUCUACGGCGGAGUUGAUCACGGUGCCAUCGCCUCCGGCUCCAGACUGACAGAUGCAGUGGAAAGGGGCAAGAUUCUGCUAGACAUACGGUAUAUCAGGGAGAUUAAGGUCACAGGAGCUAUCAAUUAUCAGAAGGCGCGAGUCUUCAAUGGACGAACGACGAAAGAGGCGGUACCAACCCAAGCACACGCCCACAUGUCCGUACCUGGGCAGGUGAUGUAUGGCUGCCUGAGGCCUGAGCGUUAG